CAUCUUUCGCAUGCCAUCCCACGACUUCAACUUAUCUUCGCCAACUAGAACAACCUUUCUUUCCCCUUCUUUGGCUUUCUUUUCUUUUUCUUUUUUUCUCUUUUGCAAUUUAGCUUGGUCACUCUUCCAUUUCCAUUUGAGGUUCCAACCUUGCUCCUCACUAGUCUAAUUUCUUCAUCACCACAAAACUUGACCUCUGUCAUCCUCAAGCUUAGUUGGAUAAGUGCAUUUAAGAACUUGGAUACACACUAAUGGCAUCCAACUCCUUCUCUUCUUCACUUAGCUAUAGCUCCUCUUGGACUCCAAAGCAGAACAAACUAUUUGAGAAGGCUCUGGCUAUAUAUGAUAAGGACACUCCUGACCGCUGGCAGAAAGUUUCUAGGGCAGUGGGUGGAAAAUCGGCUGAGGAAGUGAAAAGACACUAUGAGCUCCUAGUAGAGGAUCUAAGGCACAUUGAAUCAGGAAGUGUCCCCAUUCCUAAUUACAAAUAAUCUGGAAACUAAGGCAGUGAAUAUUCAGAUCAGAGGUUGAUUACGUACCUAAAAGGGAACUGGAUUUCAAGUCAAACCCAGCAUCAAAUGCAUAAAAGGCAUCAACCAACAGUACUGGAAACAAAUAAAUCAGACCUUUCUCUCAAGCCUCGCUCACUUACUGCAUCACUAUAUAACUCUAUAUGUAUACUGUAUUCCCCAAGAAGAUUGUAUUGUAUUGUAUUGUAUUGUAUUGUAUUGUUGUUUUCACUUUUUUUCCCCUCUGUAAUCUAAGACUGGCGCUACUGUAAUUGAAUUUCUGGAAUCAAUGACUCAGUAUCUACGCAUU